CCCCCUCCCCUCCCCUCCCCUCCCUCUCGCUCUCACUAGCCGGCAACAGUCGCCCCUUUUGUCCAUUUCCCUUUCUCUCGAUCUCCAGUCUCUAGCAGCUCUAUCAAAAUGUGCUGUUGCUGGAAUUGCAGAUUCUAGCAAAAUGAAGAAAGGAAUUCACCCUCAGAUGCAGUGGAUAUCUUAUGUGACCCAGAGUGGCAGGUUGAUGCACAUUAUGAUGACAAAAAUUCAUCAUGUUGGUAAAGUCUACCACUUCAGGGCCAGACGGCAGAUGGCUGAAAGUUUAGGACAGGUUGCCAAGUUUAAGCGUCGCUAUGGACAGGAAGAUGCUGAAGACACUACCAAAUAAUUCAUUGUGAUAGCGAAGAGAAGUUUGGUAUUGGUCCUCGACGUUUCUCAUGUAUUUUAGCUUGACACUGUGACACUGUCCUAGUGAGUGCUCUGAAUUGCAAUAAACUUUGUUGUCUAUGGGUACUUAUAGAACGAUUCAAUUUUGAUGAGUAUAGUUUAUGGUGAUUUAACUGCCCAAUUAAAACUA